AUGAGGAAGAAAAGAGAAGACGAGAGGAGGAAAGACAAGCCUACUUAUUAUUUCAAGGGACCCGAAUCCCAAACAGUGAAGGAGGGGAAUCGAGGGGGAACAGCAAAGGCUAACCUCAGGCAUGCAUUUUCCGGUGCCAAUGAGGCCAAGCACCAAACUGUACUCUGUAUCGGAAUCAGCCAUCGACGGAAGUUGGCGCUAGACUCGGGACACUAUGCUCCAUCCCAGUGGGUAGCCCCGAGUCCCCUGUCAGGUGAUGUCCUUGUGCCUCCAACCCGGAUCCCCGAAGCUACUGGCAAAAAAAAGGUAACUAAAGUCAAUGGUUUCUAA